AUGGCGACACAGUUGCCUUCCGGUCAGACUUCCUCUAGGCUGUAUCCGGAAGCUGUUUCCCCCAGCGUUUCACGUUCUGGAUCCAUUGGGCCGUUCUUUGCAGUUAUUGCGGCAAUAACAGUGUUGACGGCAUUGUCAUGUGUGUUUGGCCGUAUCUUCGCGAGCGGGCUCUCGGGCUCAGGGGGCAGGUAUGACUGUGUCCGGUGGAUGGAGGUCCGUUGUCGAUCUUGCAUUCAGAGUGGUUUGGAUGAGCAGCAGGGCACAAGAGGAGCAAAAGAUAUACCCACAGCAGUGGUGGUGGAGGUGCCCGGAGCUCCUGCUGCUGACGGCAGCUGCGAAGGCAAGACACAGGGUGCGGAUGGGCAGCAGCCUCCGGCUGCAUAA